AUCAACAAUCGAACAACCUAGCGAAAGUUGUCUUGUCUUUAGAGUUGUUAGUGAUAUUCUAUUUCUCGGUGUAAAAAAACAGUCGCAGAAAAAGCAACCMUAGAAUUCAUUUAAACUGUUACUGAACGACGCAGUUUGAAUUUGGUGCAAAUAUACUGGCCAGUGAAGGAGAGGCGAGGAGUAAAAUGUUCCAUGAACACCACAAGUGCAAACACGUUUCUUUCAAACCAACAGAAUGAAGCGAARCUUCGAGUUAUCGGUGACACUGUACGAUGCUUUGGUUAUAGUGCUAAUGCUGCUCAAGUCRAGUAAAGUUAGUGUACAAGCCGUGCAGAGAUACCGAGAAAUUCAUCUAACAGCUCUUAACGGGUCAUUAUCCAGUCCAUAUUAUCCAAAAAUAUACCCCAAAAAUAUAGAAUGGACCUGGAUUAUACGACCUACCCAAUAUACAGUUAUACUUGAGAUCAAAGAAAUGGAUCUCUACCGUUGCUACUUGGUUGACCCUGCGUACGAAGAGUGCACUCGGUACGAUCACUUGACUAUAACUAACUACGGGACGUUCUGUAAUGGGAUUAAACCAGACAAGGUGAUUUCCUUCAUACCCUGGACGAAAAUAUACAUAACGUUUAAGUCUUUGUACGCAAGAAAACAAUGUCGUGGGAAUGGAUUCAAGGCGUAUUAYAGACUGGUGAUGGAGACAACUGUAGCACCGAAAACUUUCGUCCCUACGUAUUUGACGGAUAAAAAUAAACCAGCUAACAAAAGCAAAGAAAUUCUAGAAGUGACAAUACCAAUUAUAUUCGGUGUUGUUGCAGUGGCUAUUUUCUUGAUAGGGUUAACURUAUGGUGCUGUCGGAAAAAGUCAAGUACUCGUCAGUCACCCUCAGGUAACCGAGAUAGAGCGCGGAUAGAAUCUCGUAACCGACUUCUUGGUUUGGAAAUAGAACAGCGACAAGAUCACGGAAGACCAACACAAGGUGAUUCAAUAGGUUAUUCUGAUUUGCUAAGGAAUGACAUUGUUCUUAAUUCUGGCGUUCCUUGCGGUCCACCGCMGAGUUAUGAUGACAUAGGCCGUAACGACAAUUUAAACCGGUCACAUAACUUGGAAUUCCCACCGUCUUACGAAACUGCCAUGAGUGAAUCUACAGCUCAUAGCCCUGAAAGAUUAAAUCAGCCGGCUAGUGGCAUAGAUGUACGAGAAGAUCCGGUUAGUUCCCGACUACUAAGCCAUGAUCAGUUUCCACCAAAUAUUUCUAAUGAAGUCAGUUCAAGAGAAAGAAGUGAAGUAUUCGUAUAGAGUAUUUGUAUACACUCAAAURAAGAACAUAAAAGCUGAGACMGAAAUGGCAYAUGGGAAAUGACAUAAWUAUAUUAUAAUUUAUUCAUUUGCGCCAUCCAUGCAGUCGGUUUAGAAUGCCAAASGSGUAUUAAAAACAGUGGAUGAUGCCACGGGUCGCCGGUCACAGCAUGCAUCUAAUUAAAGUACUUCCCAUGUGCCAUUUCGGUCUCAGCUUCUAUGUUCUAUGUUUGUGAACCCGAGAACGAUUCUUCAAUUGAGUGUAGAAAGGUACACACUUGCUGGUAGUGUAAUUUCAUUUUUAUCACACUCAUGUUAUCAAAUGAAGGAUGACAACACUCAAAAAUUUGGACAUAACGUCAUUAUUAAACAACGAGUCUAUUUCAGUGCACUUGAAAAUGAAAGUGAUAUAGAGCAAUUUUAUGUUCUAAUAGAAAAAAUAUAUAUUUAAAGUGCCACUACGAUGAAAUUCGGUGUCUCGUUUUUAGAAUAAUUUUUACAUUUUCAGAAACUAUGAAGACCUAAAUUUUGCUGGCCCAAGCCUUUUUUAUUUCUGUGAACGACAAGUGCCUCAAAU